GUAUUUUAUUACAGUGACAUGUAGGUAUACGGGAGAAGGAAGUUAUUAAAUGUAUACAAUCCUCCUAACAUUUAACUAUGGAGAACGAUACAGAUUACCAGUUGAUGCUACUGGAACGAUAUUCCGAUAUUUCUUUGAGUAGCUCAAUACUUAUUCUAAUUGGUGCUGCCGUAGGGAUCAUAGGAAACAGUACCAUCAUCGUUUUCUACUUUUUCCGCAUCAAAGAGAGAGGGGAGCGUUACUUUAUUCCGUUAUUGGCCAUUGUUGAUCUUGUUGCGUGUUUUACAAGUCCCCCUUUCUACAUCAUGGACAACACCUUCUUUUACAAUUACCCAAGUGAUGCUGCUUGUCGAUUUCUCUCGUUUCUGCAGAUGUGUGUCCCUGGAGUGUCAGCCCAUAUACUUCUUGUAAUAUCUAUACAAAGGUACCUUUUGGUAUGUAAACCAUUCGGCCCCAAAAUGACGUUAGCUUGGAAAAGAGUUUUCUUUGGAAUAGCGUGUGGUUUUGCCUUGGCAUAUUCCGUCCCGUUGUUUGGAACAUCAGGGGUUCUAAAGACUGUUGACAAGUUCAUGAAUCAUAACGUUACGACAGAGAUAUGUAAAUUUUCUGUUGACACUUCACCAGUAAUUACUGUGUAUUUUGGACUUUUGGCGCUUAUUAUGGUGGCAAACAUCGGAAUAACGGCUGGACUAUAUGUACCUGUUCUGAGACAGGUUAAGCUUUCUUUUCGGCGAAAAAUAAAAAUGACAAGCAUUCAAAAUGAAAGUAAUUGUGCUUCUCAUACGGAGUCUUCACAUACUACGCAGUCAACUGAAAUGGAACUUGACAAAGACCAAUAUGGGAAAGAUAACACAGAGUUACAAGAGGUUCAUGUAUCAACGAAAGAAAACUAUUCAAACAUUCAUGAAGACAUUGGGAAAACCUCCAAAGUGGCAUCCAAUGAAAUUAGUGAGGAUGAAAUGAAAGUUCAAAAUCCAAAUGGAACAGGUACAGUGGAAAGCAAAAAUACGCGCCGAAAAGAUGGAUCCGUGCAGCGCAGAAUCACAAUCAUGUUUCUUGUCAUAAUAAUUGCUUAUGUUUUGUCUUAUAUUCCACCGCUUGUAAUUUUGAUUUUGUCAUAUGCUAUCGAUGAUUUUAAUUUCAUCACUCUGUCGGAAUCGGCCACAAUAGCCUGGCUUUAUCUGGCACGGUUCGUUUUUCUGAAUCAUAUCGUUAAUCCCUUUAUCUACGGCUACUUUGAUACAAAAUUUAGGGAUCAAUUACACAUUUGUUUUAUGAAAUGCAAAAGAAAAUUCAUUUCUUAAUAACUGAUUUUAAACUCACAUAAAGGAUUGACACAUCUGGAUAUGAAAAAAAUAUUUUGGAGCAUUUGGGCGAUGAACAAUUAAAUAUCUUUCGAAUUAAGAAAAUCUUAUUUAUAUUGUAUUCUUCAUGAGCUAUAUUUGAAUAUAUUUAAUUUGUAAAUAUUCUAAAUAAGGUUGUAUAUACAUUUCAAACAUCUUAUGGAUUCAAGUGUAUCUUUUUAUAUGCCUCCAAGAUUGUC